CUCCAUCACAACAUCUUCCCCAAACAAUGACAAAGGAUCUUAAGAACGGCCUGAUGCUUUACGGUGUACGCUCGAUCGUCGCAAUGAGGUGGUCUCGCAUGGCAAUGGUGUGAUAUAUAAGGGCAGAGUUGGUCCUCCUCCUCAAUGCCGCUCAGAUCAACAACAUCUUCAGCAGCUCGACCAUCACAUCUCCUCGACAACUCCCUAUCACAUCAACUAUAUCAACAUGAAGUCCUCGAUCAUCAGCGCCGCUGCCAUCUUGGCCACCACUGCCUCUGCUGCACCUGCUCUUGUCAAGCGUCAGAGCUCAGACAUCGAUGGUGUCAUCUUGAACUACGCAUUGACUCUUGAGCAUCUCGAGGCCAACUUCUAUGCCUCUGGUAUCGCCAAGUUCAGCGAGCAAGACUUUGCCAACGCUGGCUUCAAUGGCUCGAACUUCUACAGAGACCUCCAGGAGGUUGCUCGUGACGAGCAGGUCCACGUUGACUUCCUGACCACCGCUCUCAAGGGUGCCGGUGUCACUCCCGUCGCUGCUUGCACAUACGACUUUGGCAACCUUACUCCCGCAUCGUUCAUUGCCACUGCGCAAGUCCUCGAGGGUGUUGGUGUCAGUGCUUACCUUGGUGCUGCUGCCCUCAUCACCAACAAGGCCUACUUGACCGCCGCUGGUAGCAUCUUGACCGUCGAGGCUCGCCACAGCUCCUUCGUUCGCAACUCAUUGGCUCUUGUGCCUUCGCCUCAGCCUUUCGACAUUCCCCUCGACUUCAACCAGGUCUACUCCCUCGCAGCACCCUUCAUCAAGUCCUGCCCUUCAACAAACCCUGCCCUGCCCGUCAAGGCCUUCCCUUCCCUUACCGUGGGCAAGAGCGUCACCGGCCCCAUUGCUCAGGGUGACACUAUUGAGUUCGACAUCCCUGCCGACAUGGCCGUCCCUGCAGGCCCCCUGUACGUUGCCUUCCCUCUCGCCGAUGGUACCAUGUACUCGUCUGCCGUUGUCAAGGACUGCAAGGUCUACGCCAGAGUUCCCGUCGGUCACACCGGCCCCAACGGUGAGGUCUACGCCAUCUUGACCACCAGCGCCACCGCCAUCUCCGAUGACAACACCGUUGCCGGACCUGCCGUUCUUGAGGUCAAGGCACCUUUCGUGCCCGCCUCUGCUUCCGCUUAAGCUUGUGCUUGGGUCUAUCUGAGGAUUGCUGAUCGCACCUCCCUAUUUCGUAUACCUCUCUC